AUGGCAAAGCGAUUCGUCAAGUCUUUGAUACGGCGCUGGCCUAAUGAUUCAGGCAAAAGAGAAGAAGAAGAUGAACCGCCAGUGCCGACCGCCGUUGCGCGAGACCAACACGGCUCAUUGCCCCUACCUCAGCCUGUCGUUCCAAGGCGAGAUGAUGGGUGCACGGCCUGUUCGUCCUCGAGUUCUCUUAAGCACUGCCUCGAGAAUUGGGAUACGAUUAAAAAUUUCGAGAACGAUACUGUUCUCUACUCUUGGAAAUUCGAGCCUAUUCAUCGGCUACCUCCUGAAGAACAAUUGCCGCCGUGCGAGAUGUGCACCACGAUCCAAGAUGAGAUUGGCAUUGUAGGCGGGUGUCAUGACCGACGAGAGAAUCUGAGGAAAUAUCUUUCCAUCUGCUCCAAUCUUAAGCAAUGGAUUGAAUAUGUCAAGGCCAGCCAGCCGAUCUCGCAGUGGGCCAUAGAAACACACCCCAAAAUUGGAGAGAAGCUACAGAGCUGUAAAGAUUUGUUCAAAGCUAAGAUUUCCGUAAUGAAUCCGCUGGAGUCUGUGGAUACAACUUCGCAAGCUCUCGACUGCGGUAGCCAGCUGAGCAAGGCAUUGCAUGAGGCCAGGAUGCUUCACACCGGCCAGGUACUAAGUGCUGCUUUCAAGGAAUCCAUCCCGUUGUGUGAAAACAUACUGCGUAUCAUGGAACAGCCAUUGUCUCGGCACCAAGAAUCCAAGUUUUGUGCAUAUUGCAAACACGAAGAUCUUUCCCCAGAGAGUCUCGAUGGCCUAGCCAACCGACUGUAUCAAGUUCAUCCAGCAGGCCUAACUCAAGCUUUAAAAGACCAUCCUAUUCCAUGGCUCAAAGGGUCCUACAAGCGAAGUCUAAUAGACAGAGUUCAGAUUCGACUAGAGACAGAGGAGACCUGGAAAGGUUUAAGAUUUCAGGAAUAUGAAUUAGACCCAUCAAAGCCUGGGGGAAAUCACGCUGCACUCGGGUCUGGUGAUGACUAUCAAAGGACUAUCGGAAACCCAACUGAGGAAGCCUUCCGCGCGAUUCACCGUCAACUAUCAAAGGACGAGGCGCUCUACGUCCCCAUUUCAUCCGACAAGCCCUGCUUCGCCCGCAUUGUGCAACCAGAGUUUGACAUCAGUCUUGUCAACAAGUGGCUAAACAGAUGCCAUUCCGAUCAUGGAAGCCGCUGCAUCACUGAAACAUCCGGGCCAAAACCUAAAAAUCUUAUCCUGGUCGACACAGAGAACAACUGCCUGGUUACUUUUACGCAUGGUCAUCCACCGCCGUACCUUGCUUUGAGUUACGUGUGGGGUGGCGUUCCGCAGGCGGAACUGACCAGACUGACACUGGAUAAGUGGCAUGAGCCUGGGAGUCUCACAGAGGAAGCGUCAAUUACCCAAAAGGUUCGUGAUGCAAUGACCAUUGUCAAACAUACAGGCUUGCGGUUUCUGUGGGUUGAUGCGUUAUGCAUCGUCCAGGAUGAUGAAUAUCAGCGGCAAGAGCAGAUCGACCAGAUGUUUCUUAUAUACCACCAAGCGGAGGCCACAAUCGUGGCAGCUGAUGGGCCAAGCUGUGACUUGGGUCUUUCGGGUGUCAGCAGAUUCGAAGAGAGAGAAUACAUCGACAAACCCUUUCUUAUUCAAAGCACGCCCAUGGCGAGAGUUCUUCGGGAUCCGCGACAUGCUCUCCAAGCGUCAAAGUGGAGGACGAGAGGUUGGACACUCCAAGAAGAAGUCUGCUCUACGAGAGCAAUCAUAUUUCUACCAUCUGUAGUCUUGUUCUCAUGCCCAACGGCGGUUUGGAGGGAGGAUCUCCACCUGGAAAAUGUCCAGGAUCCUCGGGGGGUCUCUCUUCUGAAUUCGUUGCCGAGAGCUUUGGAGAACAGCGAAAAGAGUUCAGAAGAGGAGCUUGUAUCUAUGUUCCGAAGAAUUGCGAAGCAGUACACCCAGCGGACUCUCACCCGAGAGGGCGAUGUGGGGAAUGCAUUUGCUGGAAUCUCAAGGAUGAUGGAGGGCCUCAUUGGGCCAACGUACCAUGGAAUCCCAGAAAGGUACUUUGCUCAGAUAAUAUCUGGCUGUUGGUUCUGGGGAAUAUGCUGUGCUCGGCGGCCUGCAUUUCCUAGUUGGUCUUGGAUGGGAUGGAUCUACACCAAGGAGCAGGUCGGCACGGGCAUCGAGCCCACAUCUUGGCUUGGAGAAACGGCAGGCUUACUUACUUUCUUCAAACUUGCCGAUGACGCUGAGAUGCUACCAGAACCAGUUUUGGAAUCACCCGUCGUGGACAGCCUUCAGCCUGGACUCCGCGAACAUUUCACCCCUGAUCUAUCGCAAAUACAGUCGCAAUAUGCUAUCCUAGCCUCCAACCUUGAGCAAAUACCCCCGGGACUAAUUUGCUUCUACACUAGCUCGAGCUUCCUGAAGCUACGGCCUUUGUAUAAGAACGCUGCAUCGUUGGUUCAGGAAUACCUCGUCCUUAGCCCAAUCACCGAGGAGAGACUCACAAGUCUCUAUUUGAAAAAGGCAGACGUCAGUGGGAACGGAGAAUUGCAGCCGUUUAUUGUUAUCGCAGCUCAACGUGGCGAGGUUGGAAAGACAGGCUUGAGACUUAUGUUGGUCAGGAUGACUGAACGCUUCUGCUACAAAGUCAAUGUGACGUCCCAAAGGAAGCUGGUAAACGAAGCAGCCUGGUGGGACUUGAACCCAUCGAAACGGCUGGUCGUGAUGGGAUGA